AUGAUCUUCUGAAUACCAAUGAAUAAGGUUUCCAUGAACUGGUUGAAAACCCAGUGUACUUCCAUCAUGAAAACGAAACAAGCCCAUGCUUAUCUCCUUCGAAAUCAACUCUUUCAAGAAAACUUUGCUUCAAGCAAACUAAUUUCUUUCCUUGCUCUUUCUCAAUCUGGAAAUCUUAGUUAUGCUCAGAAAAUCUUCAAUCAAAUUGAAAACCCAGAUAUGUUUAUUUGGAAUACAAUGAUUAGAGGGUAUUCUAGAAGCCCUUACCCAUUUGAAUCAAUUUCUCUCUACAGUUUGAUGAUUCAAUCUUGCGUCGUUCCUGAUAAUUUCACUUACACAUUUACAUUAACUGCUUGUGCUCAGUUGAAAGAAGCCGAAUUUGGUAAAAGAUUGCACUGUGAAAUAAUAAAGAAUGGAUUUCAGUUAGAUGUGUAUGUACUUAAUUCUUUGAUUCAAAUGUAUGCCAACUCUGGUUCUUUUGAAAGUGCUCGUAUGUUGUUUGAUGAAAAUUCUGUUAGAGAUGUUGUUACAUGGAAUGUUAUAAUUGGAGCUCAUAUUAGUGGUAAAUUUUAUAAAGAAGCUUUUGAUUUAUUCAAGAAAAUGAGAGAAACUAAAAGUAUAGAACCUGAUGAAGUUACCGUUCUUAAUAUGGUCUUGGCAUGUGCGCACACAGGUAAUUUAGAACAAGGCGGUAUUCUGCAUUCUUACUCACAAGAAAAGGGGUUUGAAAAGAAUAUUCAUCUGUGUAAUGCUAUUAUAGACAUGUACUGUAAAUGUGGAGAUUUGGGUUCUGCUCAGAUACUCUUCGGAAGCAUGAUUGAACGUGAUAUUCUCACAUGGACUUCGAUGAUUUCGGGUUUGGUUAGUGCAGGUUAUUAUAGAGAGUCUUUGGUUUUGUUUGGGCAAAUGCAGUUAGAGAAUAUUAAUCCUGAUGGAAUUAUACUUGUUAGUGUUCUUUCAGCUUGUGCUCACAUUGGUGCUUUAGAUCAAGGUAAAUAUAUACAUCUUUUAAUACUCAGACACAAAGUAAAGUAGAUAUUGUGUUGGAAACUUCUCUUGUUGAUAUGUAAUGUAAGUGUGGUAGCGUGGACUUAGCACUACAAGUUUUCCGUAAGAUCAAAACAAAGAAUGCAUUUACAUGGAACACAAUUAUUGGAGGGUUAGCCAUGAAUGGUCGUGGUCUAGAAGCACUGACUUGUUUCGAGGAGAUGAAGAGAGAGGAAGUGAUUCCGGAUGAUGUGACAUUCAUAGGAUUGUUAUCUGCUUGUGGGCACACAGGAUUGAUUGGUAAGGGUCUCGAAAUUUAGAUUAAUGAAAGAAGUUUAUGAUAUUCAGCCGAGGAUGGAACACUACGGAUGUAUGGUUAAUUUACUAUGCAGAGCUAAAUUGGUGGAAGAUGCGUUGGACUUUAUUAAGAAUAUGCCCAUAAAACCUAAUGAGGUUGUGUGGGCAACUCUUCUUCUUGGGGUGAACAGGGUUGGAACCGGAGGGCAUUUUGAGUUAGCGGAGAAGGUAGGAAAACGGGUAAUUGAUAUGGAACCUGAUUCUUGUGGGCGUUACGUUUCGCUGUCUAAUGUUUAUGCAGGGGCUAAUCAAUGGGAUGUUGCUUUGAAGAUAAGAAAAGAUAUGAAAGCGAGAGGAAUCGAUAAAAUACCAGGUUACAGUUGGAUUGAAGUGAAUGGUUUGACACAUCAAUUUGUUGCAGGUGAUAAAUCGCAUCCUCGAACAAAAGCAAUUUAUAUGAUGAUGGAAGAAAUGCGACGGAGAAUUAGGUUGGCUGGUGGCUAUCUAUCAGGAACAGGUGAUGUGUUGUUUGAUAUAGAGGAAGAAGAGAAAGAAAGUUCUUUAAAUUUUCAUAGUGAGAAGUUGGCUAUAGCUUUAGGUUUGAUUAGUACUUCCCCAGGUUCUCCAAUUCGCAUAGUGAAGAAUCUUCGUGUUUGCAACGAUUGUCAUUCUUUUAUUAAAAUUAUAUCGAAGAUUUUUGGUCGGCAGAUAAUUGCGAAGGAUCGAAGCCGAUUUCAUCAUUUUAAUUGCGAGGGUUCUUGUUCAUGUAUGGACUUUUGGUGAAAUUCAUAAAAAGUCAAACUAAAAGAUCUUAAGAGAGUUGUUUCCUCAACCUAUUACUUUGAAUGAGUCGAAUAGUUUCUUGUUCAAUUUUACUUUUACUUUCCCUUUCUGCGGCCUACUUUCUUGCAUAAACAAGCUUAGUAAUCAAGGUUAUGGGGAACUUAACAGCUUCUGCUCUGCCUAAACUCGUCUGUUCAAGGGGUCCCUAGAGAUCUUAUACUCCACUUAAAAACAAUAUCGGGUGUUGUUUCGUACAUCUGAUUCCACUUGUACGAGACAAAGGGUUUAAAAAGGAUAUCUGCGAAAUCAGUAAGCUUUCUUAUCUCUUAUCUCGAUCUCUUGAUAAAAAAUAAAUUUUAGAUCUGGUUGAUUCAAUUGAUGUUGAUAUUGUGCGAUACUGAUUCAAUUUGAGGUUUCUGUAUGGGGUUUCUUUUGGUGCAAUUGAGGUUAACCACGGACUGGAAUCAAUCUAAAGAUUUAGAUGUCCGAACAUUUAAGCUGCAGAUGUGCAUCUAUAUGACCGUGAAACUUGUUUUCUACCUCCUAUAGACUAUAGUGUAUAUCUUAGUCUUUGAAAGCUCUUACUACUUACUAGCUUCUUCCGAAUCCAUUCCUCGUUUAAGAGCUUUUUGUAUCCUGCAAAGGAGACGUGAAAGCUGCAAUUAAUCCUGCCAUAUGUUACGAGUGGUUUGAAUCUUGCUGGAAAAAGUUAGGGCUUAAGAAAAAAGAAAAAAUUAAGCUGGAAGUCACUCCUUAACUAGGUAGACUACUUUUUCACCCGUACGAUGCACGGGUCUGUUUCUCGUUUAUGAAAUACAAGAUCCAUGUUAGGAGAUUUCUUCUUUUAGGUCUUCCUUCAAGGCUAUUGCAGAUAUUGCAGCUCAUAAUUUAGACUAAUCAUACAAAAAAAAAAAAA